GUUUUUUCUCAAGUACUUUAAUGGAACUUCCAUCAGUUGGCCUUCUAUUGCGUUAGAAUGAAGUUCAUAUAUUUCUUCAUUGUUGCUUUAAUUUUAGUGGCCUAUGUGGAGUCCAUGGUUUUUGUGAAGAUACUGCACAGUGAUAAGUACCCCGGCCAGUGUUACCCCAUCCAUGUCCGAGUGGGUAAAAAAAAGCAAUACGAUGUUUUUGCCCUACAGCCUGGCGAGGAAGUCAGUGAUCCAAACACUUGCGGCGUGCAGGUUUGCAUGAACGCCGAAGGACUUACUCAUGUUUACUACUGUCCUCGCACUUUGCCGAGCAGUGGCUGCCAGGACGAUAAGGCCAUGGACUUGUUGCUAAAAUUUCCGGAAUGCUGUUGGACUUGUGCCACCAGUAGGGACUGCGAUGAAGACCAGUCCUUUCCUUCCUAUCCUUAUCCUCCCGACAUACAUAAUGAUCAACCAGAAUAAUCAAUAAUGCCACAAAAAAGUUACAUUUUCCGAAAUGUAGAAACCAUAUUUUAUUCUGAGUUAUUUUGAAAAAAUACAAAUGCAAAGAAAAAG